AAAAGGACAUUUGUGCUGUCUUCAACUUUGUUAGCGCUCUUCUUCAUUCAAACUCGAUCGACCUCAGGUUGGAUGGAAGUAAAAUCCCUGAACGAGAAUAUAACCAUCUUACAGAUGGAGGAGCUUUGAAUGAAGAAGGAAUGGAAAUCAAAGCCAUCAAACAUCCACUGAAAAAAAUAUAAAAAAUAGCCUGACCCACCCCACUCCCAACCUUAAAACGAAAAGUUGGACUCAAAUUCUUGUUAUCACGCCGCGCACGCGCACAACCGUGAUUUCGUGCUAUUAAAGCUUUAGUUUAUGGUGUGUCCUAGAAGCUAUGGGAGCCAAUACGUUGUUCAUAACAGAAUUUCAGUCCCCUUAUAUAAACAUCUUUGACACUUAUUAUUCGAAACAUCAAAGUGGUUUAAGCAUGUCCGAUCUCAAACUGCUUUAAAUGCUUGUGUUGUCUGUGUUUUUGUUGUUAUUCUCGGAGAAUAAAUCGUGCAGUGCCAGCUGAAAUUGAGACGCAUAAUCCAUUAGCUGUUUUUAAAGCAAACAUUGCUGAAAUGGUUGUAUUGUAUGAUGUGUAUGAUGUAAAAGCAGCUCUUAAGUUUUUAUCAGGUGCCUCUGCUUACCUGAAAGAAAGGACAUCUGUAUCAGCAAGAUACCUAAGCGUGAUCACCGGCAAGGAUUAUAGCGCUUUUUCUUUGAUCAACUUUUUCCGCCUUGGAUGCUUUCAAGACAAUCGUACUCGAGCCAUGCCAGAAAUGCUUGGUGACUGGAGGUCUGAUCAGAGCAAUGCAAUUCAGAAGUGCGCGCAGGCCGCAAAGAGUGCUGGAUACUUAAUUUUUGGAGUGCAAUAUGGUGGAGAGUGCUGGUCAGGACCGCUGGCUCAUGUGACCUACAAAAAGUACGGAACUUCGACCCGAUGUGUGAACGGAAUUGGUGGGAGCUGGGCACAAGACGUGUACGGAAUUGUUAAUGCUUCACUGACUGCUAACUAUGAAGUUAAAAGAUGUUACGAGGUCGACGUCAUAUUUUACUAUCAAAUCCAGGGAGGUCUUACAAGUGGCACCAUAAGUAGCACCAAGAGUACGUUUUCACUUCUUUUCAGCGGAGUGUCCGGGAUUAUGUCAUCUCUCUCCGCGUGCAGAAGUGUAGAAGUCUCUCGGAAGGACAUACUGAACUCUCCUCCUGGAGUGGAAAGUGUUUAUUUUAAAAUACCACUGAUAUUUACAGCAUCUACAAGUGUACCAGACGAUGAAGUUUCCCAAAAGCUUACAAACUGUAUCAACACUCUAUCUAACUACAAGCAAUUUUUAGACGCAAAUACUCCAAAAAUAAAGGAAGGAAGUGUGACUCACUCCAAAUACAAUCUGUCCACGAUAUCAAAUAAGACAUCAUGUUGUGGUGGGGAUAUACCACCGCCCUGCUGUGGCGUGGGCUCAAUACAGAUUAACAGCACCAAAUGUGGAUGCCUGCCUGGUUUUAAAUUCGUUCCCGGUAGUUUAUGUGUCCGUUGUCCGUCUGACACUUAUCAGAACAAGCAAGGUCAAAGGUCAUGCAAAAAGUGUCCAGGAAGGAAACAGACAUUUGGAAAAACAGGAAUAACAAGUGAAUCCAAUUGCUCAGACACAAAUCCAUUACAGCUUAGUGACCAAGUCGUUUACCUACCUUAUGACAUCGAAUCUGAAACUCUUGUCACGAAUGUUACUGUCACGGGGCGCUUGGAGUCUUUGGUUCAACCGUUGUUGUUUUACAUGGAGGAUGUCACACAACAACAGCUGUCACGCAGAGAGUCAAAGCGGAAACGGCGUGACAUUGACGACUUUUGUGAAGGUGCCGGAACCAUUGGGCCAUUGAGUUAUUUCUGUGUUCACCGUCUGACUGGGGGAAUAGAAGUCACGGACGAGUUUAAAUUUGAAAAUGGCGACGAGUUUGAAAUAAAAAUUCGCGUCACAGACAGCGAUCAGUGGGGAAAAACUGAAAACACUGCCAGUAUCAAAUUCAUUUCACGCGAUAAUUGUAAAGAAAUUCGAGCUCUUUAUGAUGAUGCCACCAGGGAAUGUCCAAAGAAUGUUUCUUCACCCAAGGGACGGGAUUCUUGCCCAAGUGAAAAGUGCUUACUGCCUUUAUUCGACUUGCUAAACCGGCUGAACUCAAGUGAGAUAUUACAAAUGGAAUGUUCUUCUGAUCCUCAUGAUCUAGCAAAUGUGGCAAGGAUAUACUCGCAGUGUAUUGGUCCACCAAUUAUUAGCUUGUCCCCAAACCCUCAGACUGUGAAGAGAGGCGCUGAAGUCAUUUUAAAGUGUAACGCUUCCAGUCCUUUGCCUUUGAGCGUCACGUGGUUUAAGAACGGAAUGCCAGUUGGACAAUCGAGUAGCCAUCUAAAGAUUGACAGUUUUGAUAAUGACGAUCAGGGUGACUAUUUCUGCCGCUUCUCGACGUAUUUGACAAGCAGUUCCACUGCACCGGCUUUGGUUACUAUGGAAGAUACUUUUACAUCAAGAGUUUCAUUUCGAAUCGUGAAUAAAAAUUUCAAGAAUGACUUACAGGAUCCGAGAAGCUCGAGCUAUUCAGACAUGCAGAUUGCAAUUGAAAGAAACCUGGACAACUACCUCGAUAGUGGAAACCCUGCGUGGAAAUAUAAAGUCAAACUUGUGAAAUUCAGGGACUCGUUUAAGAAAGUGGGGGUGGACCUGGUGAUUUACAGCCCAGCCAAGAAUGAAGAUAUCGCUCCUUACUACAACAGACUUCAGUCGUUGCUGACUGAUGAGAGUGCUAUGGGUAACAUACUGAAACCCUUGAAGGUCUCACGUAACAGCGUUACCAUAAGGAGUGCAACUCAUUGCCUGCCGAAAGAAACCGGCAAAAAAUCAGUUAGGGGGAUAUUUGAGUGGCAGUUAACUGUGAUUGGUGGAACGUCGUCCCGUGUAAAAUGCCCGUAUGGUCCGCCCGAGGCCAAUGCCACGCGCUCAUGUGGCGGGAAUUUUUUGACUGGUGGUGUGUGGAAGAGCCCGGAUGUGAGCCUUUGCAAAUAUAAGUCUGCCAGAACAAAUAAACUUAACGAUAUCGCAAAGACAAAAGUCGACAAACAGAACGUUGCCAAGGUAACUAAAGAAGUGAAAGUUUUAACGUCAGAGCCAGACGACAUGAACGAAGCCGACGCGGUGCUCAUCGCUGACGUCAUAGAUAGCAUUGUGUUACUGGAUGAUUCACUAAAUGAGACCGCCCAGGACGUGGUCGAAGUUAUCGACAAUGUGAUGAAAAUGAAAAAGAAAGAUUUACAAGAGAGUCAACGAACCAGUAAAGCUUCCGCCAAGUAG